AUGCCGCUGGUGGUGCUGUGCGGGCGGCCCGGCAGCGGCAAGAGCCGGCGGGCGGCCGAGCUGCGGGAGGCGCUGGGCGGCCCGGAGCGGGCGGCGCACGUCGUGGCCGAGGCGGAGGGCGGCCGGGCGGCGCUGCGGGCCGAGGUGGAGCGGCGGCUGAGCCGGCGGGACGUGGUGAUCGUGGACGCGGGCAACGAGCUGCGGAGCAUCCGCUACGAGCUGUACUGCGCGGCGCGGCAGGCGGGCACGGCGCGCUGCCUCCUGCACUGCGCCGGCGGCGCGGGCGGCCCCGACGAGCCGCCCUUCGAGGAGCCCGACCCGAGCUGCCGCUGGGACCGGCCGCUGUUCACGGUGCGCGGCGAGGAGCCGCUGCCGCUGGGCGCCAUCCGCGCCGCGCUGUUCGAGAGCGCCCCGCCGCCGCCGCACCGCUCCACCCGCACGCAGCCGCUGCAGUCCUGCGGCUUCCUGCACCAGCUGGACCGCGUCACCCAGGACGUGCUGGCCGCCGUGCUGGCCGCGCAGAGGAGCGGGGCGCAGCCCGGGGAGACCGUCCGCGUCCCCGGCGUGGCCGAGGGGCUGGUGCUGAGCCGGCCCGUCAGCGUGGCCGAGCUGAGCCGGCUGCGGAGGCAGUUCAUCAGCUACACCAAGAUGCAGCCCAGAGAUGAAAACCUGCCCCAGCUGGCCAGCAUGUUCGUGCAAUACCUGAGCCGCAGCAUCCAGUGAAGUGCCGCCCGUGCCACCCAGCCGCGGGGCGGUCCGGCCCCCGAGUACUCCAGCAGGAUGAAUGUGCCUUGGGCACAGACCUGCGGAGCCCGGGUCCCACCUGUCGGGGAUGCUCGGAUCACUGGGCAGCAGCAGCAGCAGCGGCUCGGGGAAGGUGGGCACCGUGUCCUGCAGCGGCCGAGCCAGCUGUAUUGCUGGGGGAUCUCCAGGGAAGCAGUUCCUCAGCCCUGCCUUCUCCCCACUGGCUUCUUGUAAAAAGGGAGCUACUGGUGCGUCCCCAAGCAAUGAAAUCUCCUGUGGAGAUGCAAACCCCAGUAAUCAAAUAGUGUGAUGUGAC